CGCCCGGACAGACAACAAACCAUCAAUUUUGACAGUGUUUUUUUCAUUUUGUUACUUCUGGAGUCUUGAUUUUUAGUGUAACAUUUUGCAGUGAAACUAUUUGGAUAAUUGCUCCAGAAUUGGAACGAAACGUAAUUUUUUUAGAAUUGAAAAAUUUAUGAACGUAUAUUAUGGACGAUAAAAGGGAUAAUUUUUCGUGGGCCAGAAAAUUAGGAUUUCCUCUUUCUGGUUGCACCGAAUCAAGUCUAUUAAACAAAGGAAUCAUUGGACUUCUUUGGGAUGAUUCUUCGAAACUUCUUCAUCAUCCGAAAGAUGUAAUGGACACGAGAAAAAAUGUCUUGCUUUAUAAAUUAAAAAAUAAAUUGGAAGAUCCUUAUGUGCAGCACAUUAAAAAUAUAGAUCAACUAAAAACAGAUAGAAUUAUUUUGAAUGAUCGGAUAAAAAUCUGUGAAAAAAAGUAUGAGGCCCAGGAAUUUUCGUCUAUCCAGAAAGACAAAGAGUUGCGGCUAGUGAAACAAAAUAAAAAGGCGCCGGAAUUGAAAAAAGAAUUGCUGAAAAUGAAAGUAGAACAAAUUCAUGAAAUACUCAAAGAUAGCGAGACAAUGUUGAAUAUUUGUAGUCAUUUAAUGCCGACAACGAAUAAAGAUAUAUCUCCAGAGGUUAUACGCGAAUGUUUGGAUUUAAUGACCCAUCUUCGCUCUGGUACAAAUAGAAAACAGAUUAUCAACGAAAUAUCAAAAAUACUUGGUUCUAUCCACAUUCCAACAUUAUGGUCCCUCUUGCUGGAAAAUCAAUCACAGGACAUGGAUGCUUUGAUACAAUUAGGAAAAAGGGAAACAUCUCGAUCUAGGAACACAAUUGGAGAAGAUAUUGAUAUCGGUUUAGCGAGAGCUUGUGGAGAACACAUUAAAUUGAUUUCUAUGCAGCUUUUAGAGAUUGCAAAAACUUCUAAAAAUGAGAAAAUUCUUAUGGAUUGUAUUGAGAAGAUUGAGAUGGCAGAACCGAACAUUAAUGAAUGGCUAGAAUUAACGCUUGAAGUUUGUAUGUUGGAAAUUGAACAAAGUAGACUCCAAAAUGAAGCUGAUCAAAUUUUGAAUAGUAUUCUAGAUCAAGAUACUUCUGCAUCUGAGCUUGCAGAACUUUCCUCCAAUCUAGACGUUCUUGGUUUGGAGAAGGAAAAAAUUAUAGAGGAUGUGCAGAAGUCUUUGGCAUACCUUAAAAGCAUUCGAAGCCUUUUAAUAGAAACGAAAGAAAAGCAAUUAGUUCGUCUUCAAACGAUUUCAAUUUUACGCUCUGAUAUUCUGGAGGCUAACUUUUAUCAGUGGCAAGACGUUGAUCUUUCGGCGGAACUACAAAUCUUUUAUAAAGAUUUGGAUAUCGAUGCCUUAAGGCAAAUAACUUUAAAAAGAGAUGUUGCAGAACAAAGAUACGUUAAAAAUUGCUUCAAUGAAGCCUGGACAUUUUUUGCUGAAAAAACAUCUUUCAAAUUGCCAAAUCGAUUUUUAAAGCUGAACGUGCCAUUUUAUUAUUUAUGGGAAUGCUACAACGCUCUCAAUAUACACGCCUUGUACAAGAGAGUGGAAUAUCCGGAACCUAUUGAAUUUCCGGAAGAUGAUCAGGAAUGGGAUCCUUCUAGAUUAGAAACUAUUAUUAAGAGUAAUAUGGACAUUUUGCAUUGCGUGGACGCAACGUGCAAAAAGUCGCAGGCACAUAUCAAUGAGUUUGAGCACAUUUUCGAUUUAUGGACUCAUCAACCAGUUGAAAGUGCCUUAGGAGUUUUGGAUGAAGUUACUGUGGAAGGAGCGUCGCUAAAAGAAUGGCAGCAACGAUAUAGUGUUGCGAUGUACAUGUUGAAACAGUCCAGUAAAGUUACUCUUACUUUCCAACCCUACAAUUUUGAGGACCGAUAGAAAUAUUUUAUAGAGUUUUCACUCAAACUGUACGAAUCAUGUUUCUAUUUUUGUAUUAUUUAUUUUAACAAUAUUUGUUUAAUAAGAUGCUGGACUGGAGUGGCGCAAAAAACACAAUUCCAUGAAAAUUUUGUGUACCACAGUUGAGCUGUUACUGAUUGUAAGUAUUUUAAAAUAAUAGGUAUAACAAAUUCAUGAAAAUAAAAUGCAAGUAUUUCCGUA